AUGUCGAAGUCAAGCAUUCCGAGCAAGCGGCCAGCAUCCGAUGCGCAAGAGGCAGCGUGGGUCGCGGACGAGGACCGCUUCGUGCUACAGCAAGCGAAGAAGAAGGCUGCGCUAAGGGUCAAGGGAGGCAGAGCAGCACCUAUUGACUGGCUUGCUGUCAUGCUUGCGGUCGUGGAUCCGGAGCGCAACCUUUUGGACGACGAAGUUGACGUCGAUGAUAUUGAUCUCAAAUUACCGGAGACCAUGUUCGACGCUUUGCACGAGAAAGAGCUCAUCGAGCUCGAAAAGGGUAUCGAGACAUAUGUAGCUUUGGAGAGAAGUCGCAGCAACCUUGACUAUUGGACUACCAUGAAAGCAAUCUGCAACGAUCGCAGGACGCAGCGUGCCUUAUCAAACCGAUCUGCCAGGGGCGUUAGCUCUAUUGCUGGUGAUCUGGAUAAGCUUCUAGGCCCGAAGACUCUUGCGGACCUGGAGAAGCUGGAAACGCAGGUGGAGGCGAAGCUAGCAAGCAACGAGCCUAUCGACACCGACUAUUGGGAGCAUCUUCUGCGAAGCUUGCUAACAUACAAGGCGAAAGCUAAAAUGCGGAAGCUGACAGAUCGAGUCAUUGAAUCGAGGCUUGAGAGUUUGCGAAACCCGCAGGCCGCGGUUUCUGACGCAGGAAUGGGCAAAGUUGAUCAUGGUUUGCACGAUCCGCAAGCUAAGCCAGCAAAGAGUAAGUCAAGAGUGGCAAAUUCAGAAGACGGAACGCUUGACCUGCCUCCGGCGAAGCGCUUGCGUUCUGAUAGCGAGAACGUCAAGGAUGGUUAUGACGGAUUAUUUGCGAAGCGUUUGUCAGACGAAAAGGAGAGAGCGAGGCGUCAGGGUGUUAUCCCCGGCCGCAAACGCCUUGGGAGUGCAAGCGAUGACGGCGAGCCAGCUCUCAAGCGUCAGCGCACCACUACUGAGGGCUCGCUGCAAGUGAUGGGCCCGUCUAGCAGUCAAGCGGCCUUCGACCGAGACCUUUCCCGCGGACUCAUGGAUAACGAAGAGCUUCUCACCACCGAAGAGCCUGUCGAGACCAAGAACAUCCACCUCUGGCCUUCGAACGUCCGCCCACGCAAGCCGAGGUACUUCGCCCGCGUAGUGACCGGCUACGAGUGGAACAAGUACAACCAGACCCACUACGAUGCGGACAACCCACCUCCUAAAGUUGUCCAAGGCUACCGCUUCAACAUCUUGUAUCCAGAUCUUGCUGACAAGACGCGCGCUCCAACGUACAAGAUUCAGCGUGAGGGCGGCAGAAGGCGAGGUGAGAUGACGGCGCCUGCCGGAGAAGACGACACCUGCGUCAUCCGGUUCAUUGCUGGACAGCCUUAUGAAGACAUAGCGUUUCGCAUAGUCGACAAGGAAUGGGACUACUCGGCGAAGAGAGACAGAGGCUUCAGAAGCAGCUUCGACAAGGGCAUAUUGCAGUUACACUUCCAGUUCAAGAAGAUAUAUUAUCGAAAGUAG